UUCAAUUCACAUCCACCCACCUUGCGUCCAAACCCUUACGUCCUUGCCAGUAACCUACACCGUUCAUAACUCGACGCACUGUAUCCCUCUGCCAGCGACAGCACCUGUUCUCGCCGUAAAGCACUUCACAGAACCCACGUCGACGAACAGUCCCAGGCAACCCUCACAAUGGCAGCGUCGCCAGCGAAGGCGACAGCGCCGGUGACGCGCAGAAAGCCGCCAGUCAACAUAUUCAAUACAAAGACAAAGAAGAAACCCGUUGGCAAGCCACUACCGGCGCAAACGUACACUGCAGGCGGACAGAUACCUGCCAGUGGGACGCAAGCUCUUGCGCCACAAGUACCUCUAGCACAGGCAAGCGCAAAUGGAGUGCAACCAGUACCUUCGUCUGAGGAUGGUCCUAAGCUCUACGAGGAGUAUCCAAUAUUGAUUUCGAAGAGCGAGCUCAUGCGGGGUCUACACCUGCACGGCUUCAAGCUACAGAGCAGGGUGGACAGCCGAGGUCAACUGGAAAGGGUCAACCCGUACGAUGAGGCGCAAUUUCAGCGGCCGGUGAAGCUCUAUCGCCGGCGACCACAGGACAAGCCCACCGCAACUGAGCAGUCUAACGUGGCCUCGGAUGUAGACGACAGAGACCGCGAGCAGCGAGAAGCUAAACGCGCAGAACGGCAGGCAGAGAGAGAAGCCAACCAGCUGCUGAUUGCGCCCACCGGCGACAAUGGGAAGAAGCCUGUUAAGAAGAAACAGCAGAAGAAAGUGGAGGACGUGUUCUACGACGAGACGAACCUCAAGAACCAGGAGCGGUCGCAGUUAAGAUACGAAGAGGCACGGCCGUGGCAUCUCGAGGACUUCGAAGGCAAGAACAAGUGGGUUGCUUCGUUCGAGAAACCACUCAUGAAUCGGCACAUUCUCUUUGAACUCAGUGAAAAUGGAUUCACCAUGGUGCCGGUCGAGAAGUGGUACCGCAUGUCUGCGACUGAUCGUGUCAAGCUCCUGUCGGAUGACAAAGUCGAAAAGUUGAUGGCAGCCAAACACCGACCCGCCAAAUGGUUUCGGAACGAGCAAGAAGCUGCCGAAGACGCAAGAAGAGAAGCGAUCAAGGCAAAGCAGGAGAAGAUGAGACAGGCUCAGAGGCAUCGCCAACGAGAUGAAUACCCGUCAGGCGAAGGUAUCAAGGAGGAGUACACAGCGGACGUUGACGAGAUCGACUUCGACAUGAACGAUGAGUUUGCCGAUGACGACGAGGGCUUCAUCUUCGGCGAGCAGAACGACGAGGAUGCCAAAGAGACGGAGAAAAAGCUGCGUGCUGAACAGCGCACCGCCAAUUUACCGGAUGCGACUAUUAAAGAUGCGGACGAGAUCAACUGGAUUGAUGAGGAGCGGGAGGAGAAGGAGGCUGAGGCUGAGGAGCGGAAGAGGCAGAAGCGUAUUCGGAAGCAGCUACGAAAGAAGGAAUAUCGAGCCGAGUACGACUCAGAUGAUGAGCGCAAUCAGUUCGAAUCGUCCAGUGAUGAUGAAGACUCGGAGGAGGAGCGCGAGCGGCUGGAAGAAGAGCGUAAGAAGGAGGAGGCGCAGAAAGCGGCGCAGAAUGGCGACAAGUCUGGUACCUCUUCGCGGGGCAACAAUACGCCAAAUGGUCGUCAAGAGAAGAGGCUGAAGCGCGAUGCCGAAUUGUCGGAGCUGAGUGGCAACGAGUCCAGCCGCAAGAAAACCAAGCUCAAUGGCACGGUCACCGCACCAAACGGCGCGCGUUCAUUGUCACCCGACGGAGCAGCCGCCAGACGCAUCCCCUCCGGCUACGGCUCCGGCAGUGACACCGACACUUCGCGUGCCGGCCGUCCACGACCGAAACAUAACACCAGUCCGCCUGGCUCUCCGCAUGACGGCACCCCGAACAGAUCGCCAGCUGGCUCACCGACAGGUAGUCGCGCCGGCAGCCCUGGUGCCCCGCCAGCGCCUGGUCCGUUCCCAACACUGGACGAAGUCAAGGCUGCGGUGCCAGAUGAGGGAAUCACGAUCCCCGAGCUAAUUGUUAAGUUCAAGCCACGUUUGGCGGGCAAGGCUCAAGACUUCAUUGCCAUGGUCAAGCAGGUUGGGAAGCAGGAUCCGAAGACUAAGGGCAGGAUUGUGCCGAAGAGGGAUUAGGAGUGCCCGCCUGCACAUGCGAGCAGAAGGACUCAUGUGGAUGCAGCUGGUUCCACGUGUAGCCAGGACGUGCGCCGGUCAAAAUCUUGUCUUCUUCAUCACCUUUCUCAGUCUACAGGUUCGCUUGUACUUGUAUGGCUUGAAGACAUCUGAACACUUUGUGUUAUGUAAGCCUCUAUCUCUCUCCAGACUUUUGGCGGUCCCUCCAUGUGG